GAAUAUUUCAUAAGCUUAUAUUGAACUGAAAAAAAAAACAAUUUAGAAAAAAGAUAAGUCAUAAUAAGUUUGAAUUAAUAAAAUAAGAACACUCCAUUUUCCUUUCCUCCAUCUGUGAUAGACAGACUCAAUAGAAGGUCACACCACAUGAAGUCUGGGACUCACCUAUGCAGCCCAAUAUGGGGGGAGGAAUAAACGCUAAUUAUGAGAGGAGGCAACCUUUCCCAUCCCUCCUACCCACUUAACUCCGCAGUGUCUCCUCAUUUGAUUCUGUAACAUUGGUAAUGUGUGCUUCGUAUAACCAACAAUAAAGAUCAAUCUCUGCAGUUAGAAUCUUGAACAGUCUUGGAGCGUCUCUGCGGAGUAAUCUGAACCACCUGCAAAGGAUUGAUCUUGGUUAAGAAGUGUGCCAAGCAGAAUGUCCAACAACAUGGCCAAGAUCGCAGAGGCUCGGAAGACAGUGGAACAGUUAAAGCUGGAGGUUAACAUCGACAGAAUGAUGGUGUCUAAAGCAGCCGCUGAGCUGAUGUCAUACUGCGAAUCUCACGCCAAAGAAGAUCCGCUUGUCUCUCCUGUGCCCAACUCUGAAAACCCCUUCAGAGAGAAGAAGAUUUUCUGUGCAAUUUUGUAGUUUCUUGUUAUAUCAGAAAACACAUUUAGAUCAGCUUCAUUUGUUAGGAAAUUCAAGAUUACUGUCCCAAACUCUUCUCUGCUGAACUUGUUUUAUAGUGACUUUUCCAGAUUUUAUGGAACUGUAUUUUCAAUAUAACCAUUCAUAUGUGGAAACAUUUUAUUGUAUAUAAUUUGUUUGGUGUAUAUCUACUUACAGAAACAUCACGUACAUUUCACAUGCGAUCAUAAGCUUUUCAAGUUUUGGUACAUGUGAAUUCUAGAAAAUGACACAAAGUGUAUAUGUGAUAAAGCACCACAUCAUCUAGACUAAAAAUAGUCUACAUGUCUAAAAAAAUAUUUUAUAAUAUUGUCUGAAUUUCAUGUUUAUCGUGUGAUUCUUCAUGUGAUGUUUUGUCAUAUUUCGGUGAGCGCUGCUGUCAUUCUGUCACUCAUAAAUGAUUCAGCAUUCUUUUAAAAUGACGAGUAACUUUACACUGAAAACGCCCUCAUGCUUAUUUUUCACCUCCGCAUUUUCAUCUAUAAGGUAUGAAAAAGCCUCAGUCACAGUCACAACAAAGAUCCAAGGUGACACAAAUACUAUAAAUGUCAAUACAGUUUUUUCUGAAGCUUGUCAGUGCUUGUUAUUACAUGGAAAUGGAAGAUGUUAUCUUAGAUCUGUGCUCUGAGCUGUGGAUUGGCUAAUGGAUCCGAUUCAUUUUACAUUAAGGUGACGCUAAGGCUUUCUUUUGCGUGGCUCAAUUAAAAAUGCAUUUUGAAUUCAGGAGCAAAGUUCCCUUUGUCUCUGCUCAUUCAGGCAGGUCAUGUCUGUUCACUUCCGUGAAGAUGGUUUACACAUUAACCUGAAACACAACAGCCUCACCCACUCAGCAAUCAUGCUCUGAAGAGACAUACAAAAGAUACUGUUUCAUAAACUCACCCUGCAUGUUACUACGUAUAAAUCUGUAC